CGACAAACAAUACAAAUCAUACAAAAGAAAAAACAAUCGGGUUGACUUUGGAGGCUCCAUCCUUAUAUAGAGGGGCUCCCUCCCAAAAUCAACCCGGUUGUUUUUUAGACAUACAAAUGAACAUGGUGGACAAAAAUGACAAACUAGACCGACAAAACAUACAACCUGGAAAAACACUCUGGUUGACUUUGGAGGCUUCAUCCCUAUAUAGAGGAGUUUCAUCCAAAAGUCAACCAGGUUGUUUUUUAGACAUAAAAAACAUUACAAACAUGGUUGACAAAAAUGAUAUGCACAAAAAUAACAACACUUACAAACAUUACAAAAGAAACCGACAAACGUUACAAAAUAAUAAAGCUUACAAGCGUUACAAAAUAAACCGACAAACAGUACAAAACAUACUAAUCUUACAAAAUGUAAAAAAAAAAAUGACAAACAAGAAUGAUAAACAUUACAAACCAAAUCUAUGCAAACAUUACAAAAUAGGUCACAAACAUGACAAAUCCAACACUAUCGCCGGAAAAUCCUUCUCCACCGUCGCUAGUCGCCGAAAAGUUCCUCCAAUUAGCAAAAUAUCUCUCUCUAUAUAUAUAUACGACGCCUUCUUGUGCUUCAGAGGCGACGACACCCGCGAUUGGUUUACCAGCCACCUCAUGGCUGCUCUCUCCGACAAGAAAAUCAACGUCUUCUACGACACCAUGCUCCCGAAAACAGAGUCCAUCGACGAGCUCCUCUGCGUCCUCCGGAGAUCCCCGCUUUCAGUCGUGAUCUUCUCCGAAAGAUUUGCGGAUUCGUCAUGGUGCUUGGACGAGGUGGCCACGAUUGCCCAAAGCAUGGAGAAAUUCGGGCACCGAGCGCUGCCGAUUUUCUACAAGGUUUGCUGGCCUGACGUAGUAGAGGACUCUGGCCGUUACUCUGCUCUCAUCGACGGCGAGCUUAAAGCCAGCUCAGAGGACAACAAGAGAUGGAGGGAUGCUCUGAAAGCGGUGGCUAAUCGUGCUGGACGUACUUCCUCUGAGAUUCCGUGAGAACUCCUUCUCCCUCAUCUAUUAUUACUAAGUCGUUUUUAGUCAUACGAUUUCAAGACUCAAGAGUAGGUCGUUUUUUAGUUAAAUUUGAAACCGAAUACAUGUGCUGAUUUUUUGGUUCGCGUUCCCUCGCGGUAAGAAACUAAUGAUUUAUUUGAAAUCAAAUCAUUCACAAAAUUAUUCAGAUAAGAUACCGCAUAAAUAUCACCUGAAUUAAUCAAUAUGAAUAAUUAGUUAUUACUUCGAACGUCAAAGUUAAAGGAGAGAACGUGGAAGGUAUAAAGAGGCAAUCAAAGAGGCCUUCGUAGGGCAUUUUCACCAAUCUAAAAAUUGAAGUUUAGCUAAGCAGACCUUUUCAACCGAGUAUAGACGACAACUAGUUAUUACUUCGAACGCUGCUAUGCUCGAGAGACCCUUUUCAGAAGAUGUAAUAUGAAAUGAAAUCAGAUUGUGUAUAAGGGACAAAACCUCGGGGGGUUACCCUUUGCUUUCUACAAUAAUUUAGUGUUGACCCUUAGUAUUCAACAAAAAGUCUAGUCAACAUUGAUGUAGCAUCUGACGUGCCAUUUUUACUCCAAUUUUUAAUUACUUUUUUAUGUUACUUAAUAAAGUAAUUUAAAAAUU